AAGAGAAAAGAAGAAGCGCCUACGUCACUUUUCGCAUUCCUUUUCCUCAUGGGUGUUUGUUGAGGGCUGACGUUUCUAGUCUUCAAUUCAAUAUAUUUGGAAGACGGGAAAAUGUCAAAAAGAAAAGCUCUCGAGGAAUCAGAGAAGCUUACCCGUAUUGCUAUAGUAAAUGCGGACAAGUGUAAGCCUAAAAGAUGCAGACAGGAAUGCAAGAAAUCCUGUCCAGUUGUCCGAAUGGGCAAGCUGUGUAUUGAAGUGACUCCCAAUAGCAAAAUAGCCUCCAUUUCAGAAGAACUUUGCAUUGGUUGUGGUAUUUGCGUGAAAAAAUGCCCAUUUGAAGCAAUUAACAUCAUCAAUUUGCCCAGUAAUUUGCAAAAAGAGACUACUCAUAGGUAUGGUAAGAACUCCUUCAAGUUACACAGGCUGCCUAUUCCUCGUCCAGGAGAAGUGCUAGGUUUAGUAGGAACUAAUGGUAUAGGGAAAUCUACAGCUCUGAAGAUUCUUGCUGGCAAGCAGAAACCCAAUUUGGGCAGAUAUAUGGAUCCACCAGAUUGGACUGAAAUCCUGAGCCAUUUCAGGGGUAGUGAAUUGCAGAAUUAUUUCACUAAAAUUCUGGAAGAUGAUUUGAAAGCUUUAAUAAAACCACAGUAUGUGGAUCAAAUUCCUAAAGCUGUCAAGGGUACAGUAGGCCAAUUACUGGAUAAAAAGAAUGAGCUAGACAACCAGGAGUUGAUCUGUAAAAUGUUGGAUUUGUCCCAUAUUAAAGAACGUGAAAUAUCAGCAUUGUCAGGAGGAGAAUUGCAACGUUUUGCAUGUGCUAUGGUGUGCAUCCAAGAUGGUGAUAUUUUCAUGUUUGAUGAACCUUCUUCUUAUUUGGAUGUCAAGCAACGCUUGAACUGUGCCAGAACUAUAAGAUCUUUGCUACAUCCAAGCAAGUUCAUCAUUGUAGUUGAGCAUGAUCUUAGUGUCCUUGACUACCUUUCUGAUUUCAUCUGCUGCCUUUAUGGAGUCCCAGGUGCUUAUGGAGUAGUAACAAUGCCUUUCUCUGUCCGGGAAGGAAUAAAUAUUUUCCUGGACGGUUUCGUCCCUACCGAAAACCUGCGUUUUCGAGACGAAUCCCUCGUCUUCAAAGUGGCCGAAUCCGCCACAGAAGAAGAAGUCAAACGCAUGAACCACUACGUCUACCCCACCAUGAUGAAAACCAUGGGCAACUUCCAUUUGCAGGUGAACCAAGGCCAAUUCUCCGACUCGGAAAUUUUGGUGCUGUUGGGCGAGAACGGCACUGGAAAGACGACCUUCAUCCGUAUGUUGGCCGGUAAUCUGCAGCCGGACACCGGCUCCGGGGACUUGCCCCAGUUGCACAUCAGUUACAAGCCCCAGAAGAUCAGCCCCAAGUCCCAAGGGUUGGUCAGGCAACUGUUGCACGAAAAAAUUCGGGAUGCCUACAUCCACCCGCAAGAAAAGGGUGAAAUUGAAAGUGAGAGAGAUAUAAAAAGAGAUGAUGAGAGAGGGAGAGUGGGUGGAACAGAGAGACAGACAGAUAGAGGGAGAUUCAUCGCCGAUGUGAUGAAACCACUGAAAAUAGAAGACAUCAUAGACCAAGAAGUCCAAAACUUGUCCGGAGGUGAACUUCAAAGGGUCGCCAUGACCCUUUGCUUAGGGAAGCCCGCCGACGUGUACCUAGUUGACGAACCUAGCGCCUACCUCGAUUCCGAACAACGUUUGGUCGCUGCUAAAGUGAUCAAAAGGUUCAUCUUGCACGCGAAAAAAACCGGUUUCGUGGUGGAGCACGACUUCAUCAUGGCCACCUAUCUGGCUGACAGGGUGAUCGUUUUCGAGGGCUCCCCCUCCGUCAACACGAUCGCACAUGCGCCCCAAACGCUUCUGGCGGGCAUGAACAGAUUCUUGGAGCUGUUGGGCAUCACUUUCCGGAGAGACCCGAACAACUUCCGGCCCAGGAUCAAUAAGUUGGAGUCGGUGAAGGACGUGGAGCAAAAAAGGGCCGGGCAGUAUUUCUUUCUGGAGGAUUGAGGUGGCGAGCUGUUGCGUUCUUGUUUUUAGAUUUUUUUCUAAUUAUAUUAUUCGCGUAAUCUGAGCGGAAUAAAGAUAAACAGCGGUUGAAUAUUUUAGCAUUUCGU